GUGGACUCAAGAAGUGAGUCACCCCCACCACCAGAGUUCCCAGACCUGUAUGUAAGAACGUGAUAUAAAGUCUACCGAAUUAUUAUAAAUUGACAAUUUGUACUAUUACGAGUAAUUCCUGAUUGAUUAAACUUCUGCGACGCAAACUAGCUUGUAUCCCCUGGAUGUGUCCAGCGACUCUACUUGCGAUGAGGUAAAUUAGAUUGCAGAGUAUACAAACAAUUACGUACCCUUGUCUGCAUCGUCUGACAACGCACAGGGUGUAAUGUAUUUAGCCCAUAUACUCGGAGCUUCGUGUCUAUUUAUGAUCGCGUUGCUGUUGAGAAUGUUAUAUCUCAUCUUUGAGCAGAAUAGACACAUACCGAAAUUAAAUUCACGACGGCAUCCUGUCCGGACAAUGAUAGUGUUAGGAUCUGGUGGCCACACCACGGAAAUUCUACGUAUCAUAAGUACUAUGAGAUCGAAAUGUUAUUCUCCAAGAAUUUAUGUUCGGGCUAGUACGGAUACCAUCAGCGAGGCAAAAGUCAGGAGUAUCGAGGGAAAUGUAAUCGAUUAUAAAGUGUUUGACAUCCGCCGUAGCCGGGAAGUCCACCAGUCUUACUCAGCUUCUGUUGCCACUACGAUACUUGCUACUUUCGACUCUAUCCCCCUAGUAUGGACUCAGAAACCUGAUUUAAUUUUAUGCAACGGACCAGGAACUUGUGUACCACUGUGCAUUGUAGUCUUUAUUUUGAAGUUGAUGUUUCUUACAAAUGCACGAGUAAUAUUCAUUGAGAGUUUCUGUCGAGUCAAGACACUGUCUUUAAGUGGAAAGAUAUUGUACUACCUAGCCGACUUUGUCAUAGUGAGGUGGCAGUAUUUGAAUACCUACCUGUAUCGCCGUACUGUUUGUUUGUAAUUAAAUUAGCCUGUCUUGUCGACGAUAAUAUUACUUCCAUAUUCCAUAUCCCAUAAUCCUGACCCAUUAGAAUCGCUUGGCUGUUGGCAAAAGAUUUAUUAUCUGAGACUGUUGAAUCAUUCUAAAGUAAACAGCCUGCUUUGUUGUGAGAUAAAAGUUCACUUGACACAGAUCUGUACAAAAUCAUGGGUUACUGCAAAUUCGACAAAGUAUAGGUAUAUUCAUCAGUUUUUCUCUUCACACAGUUAACUUUAUGUUCACCUUUUUUCACGAUGCAACUCUUCUGUUCAUUCUUCUUUGUAGGAUUAUUCUAUCUUUAUAAAUGGAUACGAGAUUCCAAGGGCUUUGCAAUGAUUUUUGCCCAAGUUUGAACUCGCACUCACGGGGAGAGAGAGAGAUGGUAAAAUACAAUUUAUCCUGGGCCACAACCGAUUCUAAUCAACUUCUUGUUCCUCGCGAUGCAGUAAAUGUUCUUACACUACAUCGAUUUCAUACCAUUUCGAGCGAUGAUGCAUGUGUAAUAAUCUUGUUAGGCGCAUAGGUAAUGGAAGAGGUAGAUGGUAACCCGUUUGCUUGUGCCGUAACCUGAAUAGGUUGUGGGACAAGCAGAGAGUAUAAGUACGUAUACUUAAGGGGGUGCCCUGGUCAAUUUCAACGUUAGUGUAUACAUCUCCAAAUGUCGAAAUCCACGCGUUUUAAACGCGAAAAUGGGCUUAACAGACCUAAUCUGUACGCAAUUCUGGCCAAAAACACUCCAAUGCAUUUUCAUUUGACGCAAAAAUAAAGAAAUCGCAUAAAUUAUGCAAAUUUACUAUUGCGAUUUCGUAGAAUCCGUACCAUUUCUCUAUUUCUACGUCAAAUAAAAAAAAAUGUAUUGGAAUGUUUUCUGAUCGGAUGUUACACACCGAUCCUAUGAAACCACCGGGAGAACGGGCAGCACCCGGAAUAAUGAGCAUGGCGUCACGAGCGGCAGUGGAAACUCGCAGAAGAAAGGGGGGGCAAAUGUAGGUACGGCUGUAUGGAUUUCGGCAUCAGUUGGAAAAUAGCGAAUACAAUGUGCAGAUGUAUCUUAGGAGUUGUAUAAGAAUUUCGAUGUUGAAUAAACUAAUUUGUGUUACACCUCUCA